GUAAUUUCCACUCUGUUAUCCAAAUAACGAACUCCAACCCCAAUAUUCCCAUCUUUGAUCUCAAAGCUCAAACCUUUAUAAACCCUAAACCCAGUAAUCCAAAACCCACCUCAAUUCUCUACAAAGCCAAUGGCUUUAGCAAUUUCCCAUGCUCUUCUCUGCCCCAAAUUACAGUUUCCCCAAAGGAAUUUCCGCCCUAAAGCUCCAGCCCUGAGUUUCUCACCUCCCAAUUUCAGAGCAAUUCCACAGAAUAGAAGGAUAGUGUUGGCCGCUGCAUCUGCAGCUGGAAGUUCUAAUUCAGACAGUGGUUUGAAUCCGUAUGAGGUUCUCGGUGUGAACCCGAUUGAGGGGUUUGACAUGGUCAAGGCAGCGUAUAAGAAAAAACACAAGGAGGCUGUAAGCAAUGGUGAUGAAGAAGCUGCUGCUAGACUGGAGAAAGCAUAUGACAAACUUAUGAUGGCACAACUAACAAACAGGAAGAAAGGCUUGACAUUUGGUUCUUUUAAGGUUUCAAAGGAUAUAAAAUAUGCCGAUAAGCAACCGAUUGUACCAUGGGGGCCUAGGUUCACCAAAUCCAGUGUACAAGAUAUGCGUAUCAAUCUGGCAAUCUCUGCCGUAUUUGUAGCUUGGCUUGUUAUUGUGCAAAACGCUGACUAUAAACCCCUCCAAUUUUUAUCCUUUGCAUUCGUUUAUCGCAUUUUUGAGAAGUUGAAGACCUUUGAAAAACCUGUAACUCCAACAUACACAGAAGAUGGUGAGGAAGUGGGGAAGGGACUGCAGAUGGGAAAACGGCUGCUACGUGCUCUUGGACUAGUCUUUGGCUGUAUUGCUGUGGCUUCUCUGGCAUACACUGGUUCUCUGAAUGUGAUCGAGUAUAUAGCUAGUUACGUUCCUGCUAUUCUUUACAAUAACCAGGAAUUGAUAAUCACCUCAGUAACUGCAGUCAUGCUCUACGUUAUGGCAUCAUAUUACAGGUGAUGAAACCUCUCUAUAAAUCCUGGGGGACAUGCAGUGAGUUAUCAUGAGCAAACUACGAAUGAUAUUCUCUAUUAGCUUAGUUGUCAAAGUAUUUUGAAACGAGGAAUCAAUCUUGUAAGCUGAAAUUUUGGGAGGAAAAUGUUUUGAAUUCAAUUCCAUUAUUAUGUAAAUACCAACUAAUUAGUAUGGGUUGGUUUUCUGAGUUGUCAGUGACUGAUGUAGAGCGAAGUAAUAUGAACUAAUAAGCAUAAUCUUUUCUCAGA